AUGAAUCGGUUCCAUUUUGGUGACCCUGAUGGGUCGGACUCCGACUCCGACUUCGACGAGGACCCCUCUGGCCUCCCCUUCCCCGAGCCGCUAUCUCGAGUGUCCUUUCUGGCCCCUGAUUUCGACCCGGCGACGUUUCUUUCAUCCUUGACCAACCGACAUCAGAGCCUGGAGGAUUUGCGGCAAGAACUACGGAGUUUAGAGCAAUCGCUGAACAAGGAACUAUUGGAUCUGGUCAAUGAGAACUACCAAGACUUCCUCUCGCUGGGCACAGCUCUACGCGGAGGCGAGGAGAAGAUUGAAGGUGUGAAAGUGGGCCUACUGUCCUUUCAACGAGACCUGCAGUCGAUUCGGGACAAAGUGGAAGCUCGGCGACGAGAGGUGGAUGGGCUGUUGAACCAGAAACGACAACUGCGCGCGCAUGCAGACAUUGGCAAGGACUUGCUUGACUAUGCGGAUCGGAUGGAAGAAUUGGAACAUCGACUGAUGAUCAAGAAUGCGUCGACUCCAGAGGAGAAGACAAUGGACACCGAUGAAUCCGCCACCGAAUCCGAUUUUUACGAUGGCAGCAGCGAGGAUAGUGAUGAAGAGGAGCUUGAAGAUGGAGCUGCACCUGUGUCACUGAAACGGCUUGAACGCCAUGUUCAGAAAUAUGUCGUCCUCACAUCGAUCGCUUCUCGGGUUGGUGAAAAGCACCCCUUCCUUCUUGCACAACAACCGCGCGAGAACAAAAUCAGAUCCACAGUGCUGUUGGAUCUCAAGACUGCGCUGGAGCAGGCCAGCCAGGCCGUCGCCACGCGAGAUAAAAGAACCAUGGCGGUCUUGCGUCUCUACGACUUAAUGGGCGAGGACGUGAGUGCAAUUGCAGCACUAAAAAAUUUGAAGGUAUAG